UGAAUUCAAAUCGAAGCGCAGAGCUCUCUGUAUUGGCGCUCCAAAAUCUACGUGGCCCACCACCAAGAAAUCGAACCCAGGAAACUUCAGUUGAACGACGCAAAUACAACAACGGUCAGAUUCUUCCCUCAUUUUCUUGAUCUCUUUGCCGAUUGAUUCCACAAACUGAGGGAAGUGAAGAGUGAUCUUUGGCUGCUGUUUCGAUACCAGAAAAAUGGUGGAAUCGAACCUGGCCUACGAGGAAUGCCGACGCCAGAGGUUGGAGGAGAACAAGAAGAGGAUGGAAGAGCUUAAUCUCAACAAGCUUGCCGAUGCUCUCAAAUCUUCCAGCCCUAAGUCCUCUCCGACGAAGCAGCUGAAGCGUCCUCGCCGCCCGCUCGAUGUCUCGUCCGUCAGUGUGAGAAGAUCCAGCCGUUUUGCGGAUAAGCCCCCUCCGAACUAUAAGGAGGUGCCCAUUGAACCACUUCCAGGUGUCAGAAGGAUAUAUCAACGGAGAGAUUUGUUGAGUCGAGUUUAUGCUUCACAAGAAGAAAGGCAAUAUGCAGUUGACAGAGCACUGGAACUUCAGUCUAGCUUGGAAUCUAGGUACCCAAAUUUUGUGAAGCCCAUGCUUCAGUCACAUGUCACCGGGGGAUUUUGGCUGGGUCUUCCAGUUCAAUUUUGCAAGACGCACCUUCCCCUUGAGGAUGAAAUGAUUACUCUGGUGGAUGAGGAUGAAAACGAGUUCCAAACUAAAUACCUCGCCGAGAAGACGGGUCUUAGCGGUGGUUGGAGAGGGUUUUCCAUGGAUCACCAGUUAGUAGAUGGGGAUGCUGUGGUGUUUCAGUUAACUAAGCCAACUGAAUUCAAGGUAUACAUCAUCAGGGCAUAUAAUUCCGAAGACAAAAAAGCAGACACCAAAGAGGAUUCCGAUGUCUCUCAGGUGGAAAGAAGCGGCAAAAGAACUACUAGAUCAGCAAGUAAAGGGAGAAAAUAGCUCAAAGCGUUGCCUUUGCCACGUGGCUUGUGACAAGGAGAAGUAUCCAAGACUUUUUGGGAAAAAGAGAGUUUUCAGGAUAUUUUGUCAGUCUUAGCUCUCUCUAGAUAUAUUUUGUCAGUCUUAAUAUAUUAAUGAAAUGAUCAUUUUUUUAUGUCUCUGUCUCUCUGAGUCUUUCUGUUGAGUUCUGAAUGGUUCAUUAUAUGGAGGCUAAAUAUAGCUUCAUCAAUCUUGGGAAUAUAAAUUUUCUUUACAA